AUGGCCCGUAAAGGAUAUAAAGGAGGCAGAUCCGUGCAGAAGAUUGUCCCAACAGCCAAGAUCGACAAGAUGAAGCUUCACGUUUGGAUGGUGGUGGCGGCGGUGGUGGCGGGCGGAUGGGCGCGCGUGGUGCCACUUGAGCAAGCCCCCUAUGUGCGCUCUGCCGUUGCACCUGCUCUCGACCCGCGCGCUGGCUCCUAUGCCGACGCGGUGGAGAGCGCACUGCACAACCGUAUCGCUCGACACGUCCGUCCGGACUACUCGCCGCUAGCCAAACGUCAGGCAGCUGCGGACAGCGGUGCGAUCACCGACUUUGGAUCGUCGCCACCGCAGCCCGUCCGCGGCAGCAAGGGCGCAUCCUUCCUGCACGGCAGCAACACCGACAUCGACCGGCAGAACGUCGACUAUCUCAGCCCGCCACCCACCGACGCUGGCACGGUGCCCAACCUCAAGUGGGCGUUUUCACUGUCCAAAUCCAAAUUGCUGAAUGGAGGAUGGGUUCGUGAACAGGUGGUGACCGAUCUUCCUGCGUCCAAGGAGGUGGCGGCCGCAGAACAGAGGCUGGCCCCGUAUGCUUAUCGUGAAUUGCACUGGCAUCGUGUGGCCGAAUGGGGGCUCGUCCUCAACGGCACCGUCCGCAUCACCGCCAACGACGAAGACGACCGCAACUACGUAGCCGAUGCCAACAAGGGCGAUCUGUGGAGCUUCCCCCGUGGCGUACCUCACACGCUCCAGGCCGGACCGGAGGGAGCGCAGUAUCUGCUGGUGUUUGACGAUGGCGACUUUGAUGCCAGCGGCACCACGUUUGCGGUCGACGACUGGAUCGCCCACACCCCGCGCGACGUGCUUGCCGAAAACUUUGGCUGGAACAGCUCGGCGUUCAACAGCGUCCCUGCUGCCGAUCCGUACAUCGUACCUGCGGCUCAAGGUGAAACAUGGCUGACCAUCGAAGAGGCGAGAAAGCAGGUCGAAGCCAAUCCUGCCGGAGAGGUCGAUUCGCCGUAUGUCUAUCGGCUCUCGCAGCAGAACAAGACGCAGGCCCCCGGUGGGGGAGGCUGGGUCAAGGUGACCGACUACAGGACGUUUGCAGCAAGUCCGACGCUCGCCAGUGCAUACGUGCAUGUCGAAAAGGGCGGACUGAGGGAGUUGCACUGGCACAAGAACGCGGAGUGGGGAUACAUCCUCAAGGGCAAAGCGAGGGCCACGGCGUUUGCAGGCGGUGCAACCGCCAGGACGUUUGAUCUUCAGCAGGGAGACACCUGGGUCUUCCCCACAAACUACGGACACUACAUCCAGAAUGUGGGGGAUGAGGAGCUCGAGUUUGUCGAGAUCUUCCGUGCGCCCAACUUUGGGGACAAGGUGAAGUUCGACGACUUUUCGCUCAGCCAGUGGCUCGCGCUCGUGCCGCCCAGCGUGGCGGCCAAGCAGCUCAAUGUGUCGCAGCACCUCGUCGAGCAGCUUAGCACCAAGAAGCAGAUCAUCGUCGCUCAGGCCUGA